UGGCUGGACGUCGCUAUGGCAUCCCAUUCUAGCGAGCUUGAAAUAGCUAAGAAAAAUUUAACUGAUGCUAUCGGUGAUAAUGUAAAACAUUAUUGGGCAAAUUUGAAACUCUGGUUUAAACAGAAGAUAAGUAAAGAGGAAUUCGAUAUUGAGGCUCGUCGUCUUCUGGCUCAAGACAACGUUCAUGUUCACAAUGACUUUCUUUUGGCUAUUCUCACACGGUGCCAGAUCAUUGUUUCAACGCCAGAGGGUGCAGGCUCUCUGCAGUGGGCCAGUGGUUCUGCUUCUAAACCAGGGAAGCCCAAAGGGAAAAAGAAGUUCUCCUCUGUUCGUCAGAAAUUUGACCAUCGUUUUCAGCCCCAGAACCCCCUGAGUGCAGCUCAGCCCUUCAGUCCGAGGGAAGGCUCGGAGGAGGAGGAGCUUCGACUGAGCGCUCAUACCAUGCUGCUACCCACACGGGGCCAGCUGGAGGCACGCAUGAUGGUCACUGCCUUUGAACUGGGCCUGGACAAUGUCACAGAGGAUGCUGUCAGCACUAUGGCCUGUGCAGUGGAGGUCCACUUGAAGGAUGUCAUUACAGCUGUGGUGUCCCGGCGAAAAGCCUAUCGUCUGCGUGAUGGACACUUUCCAUAUGCUUUUGGUAGUGAUGUCACGCCCCAGCCUUACCUGAAGAACAGUGUGGCAGCUUACCACACCGUGACGGAAUACCCUGCCCCCAGUGCCUCUCUCCCUGCUGGCCCGCCUCCUCAGGUGUCUCCAGAUGAGGCAGAGCAGCAGGCAGCUCUCCUACUGGCUUGCUCAGGUGACACUGUCCCCACCGCCUUGCCACCCAUUAACAUGUUUGACCUUCUAGAAGCACUGCAGGUCCAUCGCAGGGUGAUGCCCUCCCAUACCAUGUAUGCCCUGAACAUGGAACGCGUCCUGGCACGGCUUUGGCAUCCCAGCCACGAGGAGCUGGAGCAAGACCACAUCCACCGCCAGCGCUUGGCCGCCAAGGAGGGUCUCCUGGUCAGCUGAGAGACAGCUGAGGCAAAGGAGAUGAGGUGGAACAGAUAGACUGUUAAUGGUCCACCUGAGAAGCCAAAUGCACUGUCAUCAUCUCCCCAGAUAGCGGGGAGUCCUGUCUCUCCGCUGUUGUUAAGACCACAGAUGUUCAGUGGUCUGUGAGG